AUGCUUCAGAGCCAACUUCAGAAUCAAGUUCAGGCGGAGUACAAGUGCGUACUGGCACAAAGAUACGAAGAAGAGUUCCGCCAGAUUUCAAACACAAUUCUCGAGAAAGUCACCUACAAAUGGGUAAAGGUGUUCCAUCCAUCGGAAAAGUUCACGAGAUCACGACCUCAAUGGUGGCCCGUAUGGAUUCAAUAUGAGCCCCCCCGCAAAAUGCCCAAGGCUUCCAAGAUCAUUCUGCUUUGUCACAUUGUUCGUAAUCUAGUUGAUGAAGAGUCGGAUCUUGAAGAUCUGCGCAAUGCGAUGAAACAAAUCGGCGCUCUUGAGCCAUUGGAAGGGUGUCGGGAUAUCUUAAAUGAACAGCCGCAACCAUCGCGCAAGCGAAAGCGACUCGGUCGGAUGUGCGCCCUGUGUCGGGUGACAGAGUCACCGGAAUGGAGAAAAGGACCUGAGGGCAAGCGGAACCUCUGCAACAGGUGCGGUCUUCGGUGGAGCAAGUCAUCGCGGCAAGAAGGGAUCAGGGUGAAUGUUAUCAUCGCGAAUCAGGAUCAUCUUUCCAAAACUCACCACCCAAUCCCCAAUAUAAGCGCAUCAUCUGUCUUGCCAGACGUGACGACAACACAUUGUAUGCAGAGAGAAAACUCUGAAAGCCGUGUCGGGGUCUGUGAACAAACGCCGAACGGGUAUCCUGAAUGGGAGAUCAAGAACGUUGGUAUCAGUGCGGUAGACUUCGCUGCAUACUCGUCCACAUCAGAUGUCCAGGUCAGCUUGGUGAGGCAAAUCAUACCUCUGGGCUCCCCUUCGUCCCUGCACUGGACAGACUUUACAUGUGACUUUUCAAUCGACUGGCAGUUCUAUUCCCAAGCGGGCGAGCCGCUGUAA